AUGGGUCUAUACAACCGCCGCCGUCACGACUCGUCCCCCGGCCCUUUCCCUCCAACCAUCUCCCUCCCUCCUCCCUUCAACCACCACAAUCACAACCGCCAUGAAUCCUCUCCCUUCCUCUCCAUCUCCCCACCACCACAACCACCUUCCCCAGACUGCUUCACCAGCACAAACACCACCACCACCACCAAAAAAAACAACAUCAACCGCCGUGAAUCAUUGCCACCUUCUUUCCCACCAAUCUCCCCUCCCUCAACAGCCACUCAUUCCCGCCGCGACUCGUAUCCGGGUCCCUUCCCUUCAUUCCCAUCACCUACCUCCUCUCAUUCUGAACACCCUCCCUUACCUCUCUACCAUGCACGACGUGAAUCAUGUCCAGGUCCAUUUCCUUUCCCCGUUUCGCCUCGUCUCGAAGCAACGGAUCAGACUCUUCUUCCUUCAACAUCUUCUUCUUGUCUCAAUCUCAUCAAACGCAGACUUGAUAUCCGCAACAACGAUAAUAAUGGCCUUAUAUGGCCGUUUGGUGAUAUUGACGUGCUUGAUGACGAUGAUAUACGAGAAACUGCAUACGAGAUUUUCUUCACUGCAUGUCGAUCUGCCCCCGGUUUCGGUGGCCGGAGUGCACUCACGUUUUAUUCAAAAAACGAAGGUGGUGGAUCCGGAGGGACGAGUCCGGGUCCGGGUGGUCCGGUGUUACAGACUAGUAGGGUGAAAAGAGCGCUUGGUUUGAAGAUGUUAAAGACCUCUUUGUCUCAGAGAAUGGUGUCGAGAGGCAGUUGGAAAAUGCCGAUGUCCACGCCUUCUUCUCCGGUGGCUGAAGGUAGUCCGCGGUCAAGGGUUGUGCCGCGGAGGGUAAUGACUAUGGCGGAAGUUAUGAGGAUGCAAAUGGGCGUGUCUGAACAGAGUGAUGGCCGGUUAAGGAAAACCCUCAUGAGGACCCUUGUUGGUCAACUUGGCCGGCAAGCAGAAACUAUCAUCCUCCCACUGGAGCUUCUUCGACACCUCAAACCAUCAGAAUUCAGUAAUCCUCAUGAAUACCAUUUGUGGCAAAAGCGGCAGCUCAAGAUCCUUGAAACAGGGCUUCUCAUACACCCUUCAAUCCCGGUAGAAAAGACCAACACAUUUGCCAAGAAUCUCAAGGACAUAAUCCGUAGUGGCGAACUCAAACCAAUAGACACGAGCAAAAACUCAGAAACAAUGAGAACCUUUAGCAAUUCUGUGGUUUCCUUAUCGAUGAGAAGUCCGGAUGGUGUUCCCACCAAUGUUUGCCAUUGGGCUAAUGGAUUUCCUGUCAAUAUUCACCUCUACAUUUCCCUUCUUCAAUCCAUUUUCGAUCUUGAUGAUGAAACAUCAGUCCUUGACGAAAUCGACGAGUUGCUUGAGCUCAUGAAGAAAACUUGGUCGACGCUAGGGAUCAAUAGGCCAAUUCACAAUUUGUGUUUCACUUGGAUUCUGUUUCAACAAUAUGUAGCAAGUGAACAGAGCGAACCUGACCUUCUUUGUGCCUCACAUGCUAUGUUGAAUGAAGUGGCGAGCGAUGUAAAAAAAGAAAAGGAGUCUUUGUAUGUUAAGAUGUUGACAUCUGUACUCGGUUCAAUGCAGGGUUGGGCCGAGAAGAGGUUGCUUGCCUACCACGAAUAUUUCAAGGGAGAGAAUGUUGCACAAAUUGAAAACCUUCUUCCUGUGCUGUUGUUGGCAUCAAAAGUUUUAGAAGAUGUUUCAAUAUCUGACGGAGAAUGGCAAGGGAAAGGAGAUAAAACUAUAGAAGAUUCCUCUAAGGACCAUAUUGAUGAUUAUGUUCGAUCAUCGUUGAAAAAUGCAUUUGAAAUGAUAAUAGAAGCCGAAAAUGCAAAAACAGCUGAUUCUGAAACAAAGAAAGACAUAAGUGAAUUUAUGCUUCAUUUAGCUCAAGAGGCAGAAGAUUUGGCUUCGAAAGAGCGACAAAAUUACAGUCCAAUAUUAAAGAAAUGGAAUGCGAUAGCGGCUGCGCUUGCGGCAUUGACACUGAACAACUGCUACGGACAUGUUCUAAAGCAGUAUCUUAGUGAAAUAAAAUCAAUAACAGUGGAGUUAAUUAUAGUACUGCAGAAGGCUAAAAGGUUAGAAGAUAUAUUGGUUCAAAUGAUUGUUGAAGAAUCCGCCGAUUGCGAUGAUGGUGGCAAAACAGUAGUAAGACAGAUGGUUCCUUUUGAAGUUGAUUCAACCGUAUUGAACCUAAUGAGAAAAUGGAUCGGUGAAUCGCUGCAAAGAGGGAAUGAUUGUUUACAGAGAGCAAAAGAAACUGAAACAUGGAAUCCAAAGUCUAAAUCGGAGCCGUAUGCGAAAUCAGUGGUGGAGCUGAUGAAUUUGGCGAAGAAAAUUGUGCAAGAGUUCUUUCAAAUUCCGGUUGCAAUAACUGAGGAUUUAGUUCAAGAACUUGUUGAUGGAUUGCACAAAAUCUUCAGAGAGUACACCAUGUUUAUUGCAACAUGUGGUUUGAAAGAAAACUACAUUCCUUCUCUUCCUCCACUGACAAGGUGCAACAGAAAUUCAAAGUUCCACAAGCUAUGGAAGAUAGCUAGUCCUUGCAAUGUAAGUUGCGAAGAUCCACACAUGUAUGGAAUAUAUGAAGCGAAUCACCCUCAUUCAUGCACUAGCCGAGGAACACAACGCCUCUACAUUCGUCUCAACACCUUACAUUAUCUCCUUUCUCACAUCUCAAUACUCGACAAAUCGCUCACACUCACCCAAGGAGUGGUACCUUGCGACCGCGGCCGCAGAUCCACAAACACCCAAAACACACAAGGAAAAACCACUUCAUACUUUGAAACAGUUGAAAACUCCAUCAUAGCAGCCUGCAAGCACGUCUCCGAAGUGGCUUCCCACCGUCUCAUUUUCUUCGACUCCAACUCUUUUUUCUAUGAAAGCCUCUAUGCCGGGGACGUAGCGAAUGCUCGGAUCAACAACGCUUUGAUAAUCCUCAAACAUAAUAUCAAACUAAUGUCAGCAAUUCUUACGGAGAGAGCUCAACCAUUGUUAAUAAAGGAAAUCAUGAAAACGUGCAAUGACGCGUUUCUUUUGGUUUUGCUUGCUGGUGGAACAACAAGAAUGUUUAAUGAGUCAGAUCAUGUGAGUAUUCAAGAGGAUUUUCAGUGCUUGAAGCAAGAAUUUUAUAGAUGCGGUGAAGAGUUGAUAGCAGAAAGUGUUGUGGAUAAGGAAGGUGAGGUAGUGGAAGGUGUUAUAGGAUUAAUGGGAACAAGUACCGAAGAAUUGUUGGAAAAUUUAAGUAAUUUAUCAAGUGAGAAUGGUGUGAAUGAAAAUGGAACGAAGUUGCCAAUGCCACCAACUACAGGAAAAUGGAAUCGGACCGACCCUAAUACAAUUUUGAGGGUAUUGUGUUAUAGAAAUGAUAGAGUUGCUAAUCAUUUCCUAAAAAGGACUUACCAAAUAGCCAAGAGGAGAUAG